AUGCACGUCGAGCAACUACGCUCGAAGAAGGCUGAAGCAAAAAGUCUUUUGCAGUCGAGAAAGCGCAAGUUCUCUGAACUCUUCUCCGUUACCGCGUGCCCUCUCACGCUUGACGACCCAACCUACAACCAAAAACUUCAAGCCUUCUAUGAUGCAAAUGACCUAGAAAGCGGACGAUUGUUCGACGAGACAACUCUCCCAACUCGGUCGCAUUUAGCCUUCCAUUCACGAAAAUCGAAGCUCCCACAAACACCACCCGUUCCUCUCUCCAUUUCUGACACCUUAGAUCAACCAGGCGCCUCUAAGUCCAUCCGGCCAGCAUCUCCACGACCCAAAUCUGCAAACCAACCUUUGUCACCGACCCAACCUCCACUCAUUCGAGAAGCAAUUGAUGGAACUAAGCGAAAUGACGAUCAGCAUGUAGCAGCAGAUCAGCUAGGAAGAGUUGAAGAGCAAGGAGUGUCUCUAGCGACAGUGAACGCACAAGAUGGCGAACUUCACCCUGGUUCAAAAGACGCCAAAGCCAACCGUCGCUCCAAAUCUCCCAUACCUCCUCCUGGUUCAGUAAAACAGGCCAACGGUGUUCAGGCAACGGUUGGCUCUGCAGAGGGAGAUUCAGGUGCUCAUCUCUCUGCUGCUACAGGUCGUCAAUCAAGCCAAAGCCCUUCUGUCCUGGCCCCAGUUGCUGUUCCUGCAGAGCCUCAGUCCUCGCCAGCGUCGACCAAUGGACCGGAAUCAUCGAAUACUCCUGCACCAACUGCUGGUUCCCCAGGAACGAGCCCGGGAGCCGAUGUGCCACUCACCACACUUGAGACGGCCAAGGAGAGGAAAUCCUUAGACGACAACCUGCGAGAUUUAGAGCAAUCGCUGGCAAAGGUAGAGGAGCAAGACAAGUCAAAUGGAGACCAAGCAUUUACUGCCGACGUCGAAAUGACAGAAACAGGGAAAUUGGAGGAUGAGUCGACAGUUUCCAACGAGCAAAGCCAUCAGCCUGGCGAGUCGACGAAGGCCUCGACUAACCGCAAACCAACUAUGCGAAUAGAAACGCAGACCGAGAUCGACUCAUAUUUCAAACCCCGGUCCAGUGGUGGCAUUGUUGAGAGCCCAGCGUGUUUGACAGCUGCUGCUUCUCCAAAGGGAAACAAUGCAACAACACCGUCUACGCAGGAACCUGCAAAACGUGCGACUAGGAUUUCCUCGGGUGUAUUGCAGAAGAAAUCGGUUUCAGAGAUUCUCGGUGAGACGCCAAAGCCGGUCACUCUUCAAACCGAGUCACCGUUCUCUGCGAACCGCGAUUCGUUUGACCUUUCGACACCUCAAGGCCGAGCAGCAGAUCGUGAUCGCCGAGAAAAGGAACGCAACAGGCUUUCGACCGUGGUGUUCGCCAAACCCCAGAAGGCCCCAAGUGAUGAGGAGAACCCCGAACCGGCCCGGGUUGAUGAUCGUGAAACACAGCGAACGGCUCCGAGAGAGAGAGACUACUUGUACACGUUAUUCGAGAACAAGGCACAUUCCAUGUCACGGCAAACGUCGAUGUCCUACCUGAUUCAAAAUGCUCACAAGACAUUGUCGACUUCGGAUCAUCUAAUUGAAUAUGAGUUGUCGGCUCAAUGCAGAAUAUUGAAACGCCUAUACCAGCUACAGGAGAAGGGACGCUGGCCACUCAGACAGUAUAAGCGUGCUGAUGAGGCACCGAGACCGACUUCUCACUGGGAUUUCCUGCUUGAUCACAUGAAGUGGAUGCGCACCGAUUUCAGGGAGGAACGCAAAUGGAAGCUUGCUGCCGCAAAAGGGCUUGCCGAAUGUUGUGCAGAGUGGGUAGCAAGCUCUCCUGAAGGCCGGAAGCGUUUGCAGGUACGGGUCCGACCGGUAAAGAUGCUCCCAAAGCCGGACGAAUCCCAAGAUGUCAACAUGAAGGAUGGACCGGGACCGAGUCUCUCCUCACAACCAACGCCAGAGCUAAUGCCUUCCAAUGAAGAUGAUUCCAUGAGUGAUGACAUUGCAGAUCCGCGGGAUAUACUGAUCUCAAGUGCUCCUGCGGCAAUAUUUUCACUGGGUGCCUCAGAUUACAACUUUUCUGUGCACAAAACACCUGCCUUGGACAAACUUCUCCAUGAGUUGCCACUUUAUCAACCGUCCACGGUGGAACCGGGUCUCUCCCAGUCUAGUCUCGCACAACGGCUGGAUGCUAAAUGGAAGACUGACAUCGUGCCAGUCUCAAGAUGGGCGACGGAGAAAUUGCCCUUGAAGGAGUAUAAACCUCCAAUCAGGCGAAGUCGAUACGAAUACGAGCUUGAGCCGUCACCAAAGAAAAAAUCCCCCCCCCUGCCGCCCGAGGAGACGAAUGUUGCGCUGUUCAUGCCUGAAAACAAACAUAUUCGUGAUCGAAUCCAUCCCGGUCACUCUUUCCGCCCCCCUUCAGAACAUCCCAUGCCUACACAAGCUUUCUUCGAGACGCGAUCAUCAUCGCAAUGGACUCAUGCAGAAGACGAUGAACUCCGCAAGCUGGUCAAAGAUUAUUCUUACAAUUGGUCUCUCAUUUCCGGUUGCCUCACACCGAGAAGCUCCUACACCUCCGGCGCCGACCGAAGAACUCCAUGGGAAUGUUUCGAGAGAUGGAUUGGAUUGGAAGGUCUGCCAGCAGAUAUGUCCAAAACCGCCUAUUUCAAGACAUACUCCGGGAGGAUCGAGGCUGCAGGAAGGCAUGUGGCUGCUCAGAUUGAAGAGGCCCAACGUAGAGCCGGUGCCAAUGUGCCAAUCUCUGCUCGAAAGAGAACCACUCAGCCUGUUCGAGUGGAACGUAAGAGGACGCAACGACACCUUGCCAUGCUUGAUGCAAUGCGGAAGCUGGCCAAGAAGCGAGAGGCCGCGCUGCAGAAACAGCAACAUCAAGCUGAUCUGGCUGCAAUGCGCAAGGUCAAUGACGCAAAUGUACCCAAACCCUCUUACAAGACCCCCGCGGAGUUUUCGCUGCUCAAACAGGAGCGGGAGGCAAAACUGGCAGAACGGCAAGAGAUCUACCGACAACAACUGAUCGCCCACCAACGUGCUACGGCGCAACAACAACGCACUCAAAAUGCCCAGCCCAAUGGGAUGCCAAACGGUAUCCCCCCUGCUGGGCCGGCAAUGCGUGGCCCUCCCCCAGCGGGUAUGCCUGGGAUGCCAAAUGGAAACCUUCAGAUUCCCAACGGACAUCCUCGUCAUCCUACGAUGAUGGCGAUGCAAGGCAAUGUCCAACUCCCGCCCGGUAUGGUCGGACCAAAGGGCCUCACGCCUGCAAUGCAAGCACAGAUGCAAGCCCAAAUGGCUGCCCGUGGUGCGGCAACUUCUCCACAGCAGAUGCGCAUGCUACAGGAGGCGAGCAGGGUACAACAAGAGCAGCUAAUGCGGCAAGCCCAGCAAGCGCAAAACGGCACCCAUUCUUCCCCUAGUAAUCCUCACGCCGCUCUUGCAACCGGUAAGGGCAUGAACAGCGCUGCUUACAUGUCUGCCAUGGCUGGUGCGAACGGAGUAGCCUCUUCGCCAGGCCCUAUCAAUGGAAAUUCAGCCUCCCCACGCCCCAAUACCGCCAAUUCCGGUCAGGCUUUGUCUAGCGGGCACAUUCCCGUUCUGACACAGAUCGCCAACAAGAUUCGAGAGCUUCAUCCCAAUCUCUCUGAGGAAGAGGUACAACGUCUUGCAUCCCAACAAAUCACAUCAUACCAGCAACAAGCCACGGCGGCGGCGGCAGGGCAAUCUCACAAGCGCCCUCAACCUCACAACCAGGCUGCGCUGAAUGCUGCCAUUGGUGCCGUCAAUGCAGGGAAUCAUGCCUCGAGCGCGGCUACCGCGGCUGCCGCGGCCGCCGCAGCGGCACAGUUCGGACACCCUGGGAUGAUGACCAAUGAGCAGGUACAGCAAUACAAUCAGAGAAUGAGAAUGCAACAGGCUCAACAGCAGGCUGUUCGAGGAAUCCAGGGCCAAAUGCAAGCUGGUGUGAUGGGGGCAACGCCGAAUGGAAUGUCGAAUUCUCCUGUGAUGAACAUGGCCAGGCCUGUCAGUCAGCACACAAAUCAAGGGCAGAUGAGCCGGAGUGCAACACCGAGAGCUCAGAGAAGCUCAAGCCAGAGCAACAUUAAUGGCAAUGGAUCUGGUCAACAAAGCAGUCCCCGGCAGGCACCGCAGAGCAUGCAAACCUAA